AUUCCACCCCAUAAAUAUCUCUUCUUCCCUUGAAGGUGUGCCAAACCGUAGAAACAUGAAUCAAGUUACCAUGCCGGAAUUCAGCUUCCCUCAACAGAGCUCAAGUAUUGGCAGCCUUACCCCUUGCUUGUCGGAGUACUGGGGUGACCUGCCGUUAAAAGUCGACGACUCCGAGGACAUGAUCAUUUACAACUCUCUCAACGACGCACUUGAUUAUGGGUGGUCUCCAUUAGAUUUAACCAGUGCUGCCGUGAAAAUGGAGCCGGCUCUUGGAGCCAUAGGCUUGGCUCAAUUGGCUCAGCCGAUAGUUUCGAGUACCACCGUCAUGCCUUCGGAAAUGGGAAGCACAUUUUUAUUUGGAAGAGAAGGAAACUGCCUCCGGAGGAUGAAUCCGAGGGUGGCUAAAGGGAGGCAUUAUAGAGGGGUAAGGCAAAGGCCAUGGGGGAAGUUUGCGGCGGAGAUUCGCGACCGAGCGAAGAAUGGAGCCAGAGUGUGGCUUGGCACAUAUGAGACGGCUGAGGAAGCGGCUUUGGCUUAUGAUCAAGCGGCUUAUAAGCUACGUGGCUCAAAGGCUUUGCUUAAUUUCCCACACCGGAUAGGCGAACCGGAGCCCGUGAGAGUGACGGCUAAGCGGCGGGAGCCGGUUCUGGGUAUGGGGGAUUUGGGUGGUGGCUCGCCCAAACGGAGGAAAGGCUUGGUGGGGAAUGAAGAUGACGUGUUGAAGGUGGGGCAUCAAAUGUGUUUAAUGCCACUUGACGAUCAUCUAUUGGUAAUUUGAGUUGUCUCUUUUAGUUGUUUGUUGUGUGGGAAAGUGGUGAGUAAUGUGGGUCUGAACUUGCAAACUGUGAAUGAUAACAUUAGUAAACAUAGUCUUGAGAGUGGUUUUUUCUUUUUUCUUUUUUCUUUUUUUUUUAAUAAAAGGUAAAAAUGAUU